AUGGCUCAAUCCGUUAUGAAGAAAAUAAUUGUAUUUGGUGCAACAGGUAUGAUUGGUUCAGAAUUAGUGAGACAAGCGGCGAAUGAUUCAUCCAUUGAAUUAAUAACAACAAUAACACGUAAACCGCUGCCUGAUGAUAUUAUUCGGUCAUCAAAACUCAAUCCAAUUAUUCAUAGAAAUUUCUUAGAUUAUUCAUCAUUUGACAAUGUAUUUUUGGCACAUGACACUUGUUUAUGGUGUUUGGGCAUAUCACAAAAUAAAGUCAAUGAAACAGAAUAUUACCAAAUAACGUAUGAUUAUGUUAUGGAAGCAGCUAAACAAAUGUUAAAAUCUAACCCAGAAAUAACAUUUUUAUUUGUCAGUGGUGAAGGUGCUGAUUCAACUGAGCAAAGUCGAUUUUUAUUUGGACGAGUGAAAGGUAAAACGGAAAAUGAUUUACUAAAGUUAGCGUUUAAACACAUUUAUAUUCUACGACCGGGUUUUAUUAAACCCAUGCAUAAAAAUUCACACACUGCUUGGUAUGAAAAACUAGCAAAUCCGUUGUAUUAUCCAGUCAAAUUAGUAGCACCAUCAAAAGUUAUUACAUCUACUGACUUCGCAAAUGUUAUGUUAUUUAUAACGAAACAUGGCCUAGAAGAUAUAGGUAAUAAACCAUUGCAUAAUAAAGAUAUGAACCAAAUUAUAAAACAAUAUCAUCUAACCAGUUAA